CUCCACCUCACAACCAGUGGCACAUGGAAUAAGACAACACACUCCUGAAGGCUUUGAGAACACAUGCGCAUGUACACGCACAAGUGCACUCUGGACUGUGUGCACUGACACUUCGCUCCACCUGUCCGCACCGUCAGACUUGCACUGUUGGAUAUAGUAGAGAUUCUCCUGAAUGGACUGCUGAACUCGGUUUACUAUGUUCCUCCGGGGGUCUCUGGAGAAUUCCGGCCUCAGUUAUACCAACGUAAAAUGGAGGAUAGCUUUGAUUGUGACUGUGGCGAGCUGGAGCCACCCGAUCAUUGAGGGUGUGUAAACUGACUCUGAAGACUUAGAAGGCCCGACUCAUUUCAGUUCUACAGAUCAGGAGACUACACAGGAAGAUCACACUCAUAAGAAUAGAGAAACUAAUUUAGUGGAGGGGAAAAUAGAAGGUGCAUUUAAGGCACGUUUCACACCAUGCUGCUCAGGACCAGUCAAACACUGAAUGUAUUUGCACUGUGAGGAUGCAACUACGAGCUUUUAUAGUUCAACAUAGUUUCGGUGCUUUUUUUAAUUUGCCUCAAAGUCCAUUCCAUUGCAGUUUAUAAACACUAGUCUACAUAAGAAACUGCUCAUUUAAAGAUAUCUACAUAUCUCCUUUUUAUAAUUUCUCCCCGUAUACGAGAUGGAAGGAAAGUUUCACUACACUUUAGUGCCCCACAUCUGACAGUGACGGCCAGAUAGGGGUGGGGGACUCGGCAGCCAUCUGUACAAGGGUCGGUUAGCUAGGCCACUGAAGCAGCAGGGGAAUUGUCCAAUAAAUUCCUGUGCUGGUGUUAAAGUUGGAACUUGAAGCAGGCCGGAGAACAAAAGGGUCAGUGAUAGCAGACACUUGGUGUGUCAGCCCAAACACAGGCAUCAUGGCAGAGAAGUUUGAGUCGCUGAUGAACAUCCACGGCUUUGACCUGGGCUCCCGCUACAUGGACUUGAAGCCUCUGGGCUACGGGGGGAACGGGCUUGUGUUCUCUGCAGUUGACACGGACUGUGACAAGCGUGUGGCUGUGAAGAAGAUAAUCCUGACCGACCCCCAGAGUGUGAAGCAUGCCCUGCGGGAAAUCAAGAUCAUCAGACGCCUGGACCACGACAACAUCGUCAAGGUGUUUGAGACACUGGGCCCCAACGGCCGCAGGCUUACGGAGGACGUGGUGUCCCUGACAGAGGUGAACUCCGUCUACAUUGUGCAAGAGUACAUGGAGACUGACCUGUGUCAGCUGCUGGAAAGGGGCCUUCUCUCAGAGGGCCACGCCAGGCUCUUCAUGUACCAGCUUCUCAGAGGCCUUAAGUACAUCCACUCUGCCAAUGUUCUGCACCGUGACCUCAAGCCUGCCAACCUGUUUGUGAACACCGAAGACUUGGUACUGAAGAUUGGGGACUUUGGGCUGGCCCGCAUCAUGGACCCCCAUUACUCUCACAAGGGUCAUCUCUCUGAAGGUCUGGUCACCAAGUGGUACAGAUCUCCUCGCCUGCUGCUCUCUCCAAACAACUACACCAAAGCCAUCGACAUGUGGGCCGCUGGCUGCAUAUUUGCUGAGAUGCUCACAGGGAAAACCCUCUUUGCAGGAGCCCACGAACUUGAGCAGAUGCAGCUGAUCCUGGAGUCCAUCCCUGUGCUGCGGGAGGAAGACCGGCAGGAGCUCCACAGUGUCAUCCCCGUCUUCAUCCGCAGCGACAUGUCCAACCCUCACAAGCCACUGGCCAAGCUGCUGCCUGACGUCAGUCCACAGGCCCUUGAUUUCCUGGAGAAGAUCCUGACCUUUAACCCGAUGGAUCGUCUGACUGCGGAGGAGGCCCUUGCACACCCUUAUAUGGUCGACUACUCCUUCCCCCUGGAUGAACCUGUAUCUCUGCACCCGUUCCACAUUGAGGAUGAAGUAGAUGAUAUCCUGCUCAUGGACCAGAGCCACAGCCACACCUGGGACAGGUAUCAUGAGAGCCAGCUGUCGGAGGCUGACUGGCACUUGCACAGCACCCAUGACCCAGAAGAAGUUCAAGUCGACCCUAGGGCCCUCUCUGAUGUAACAGAUGAAGAGGAGGUCCAGGUUGAUCCUCGUAAAUAUGCUGAUGGAGAUCGGGAGAAGUUCCUGGAUGAGCCGUCCUACGACUACUCCAGUGCGUUCCCGCCAGAGAGAUCCUGGCAGGACGACCACCACGAGAACAAAUACUGUGACUUGCAGUGUAGCCACACCUGUAACUACAAGGCGGUGUCCCCCUCCUACCUGGAUAACCUUAUCUGGAGGGACAGUGAAGUCAACCACUACUAUGAGCCCAAACUCAUCAUCGACCUCUCCAACUGGAAAGAGCAGCAGAGCAAGGAGAAGGCGGACCGUAAGGCUAGGAGCAAGUGCGAGAAGAACGGGUUGGUAAAGGCCCAGAUCGCACUGCAGGAGGCCGAGAAGACCCAAAGUCCGGUGGAGAAGGACAGUGAGCAGGAGAAACACCAGACGGAUAAACCUCAAAGCCAGCAGAACCAAGGCUUUGACUUUGAUUCCUUUAUUGCCAGCACCAUCAAACUGAGCUUGCAGCCCGAGCCCUGUCAAGAGGUGGCCCUGCUCAGUGAAGUGGGUCUCCUGAACGAGCUCAAUACUUCCGUCUCUCUGCUGGAGGCCCCCCGCUCAGGCUCCAUGUCCAAGUCCAUAAGUCAGGAGAAGGAGGAGAAGUGCCUGGUAAACCUGGCCCAGUUGGGAGGAGGAGGUUCGGGAGUCGUCGGCGGGGACGGCCCCAGGCCUUCUCAACCCUGGGAGAGCUUCGGGUCUGGGGAGAGGGUGGAGGAGAACGGCUGUUUGAUCGACGAAGCGUGCUGGGACAUUCGAAAUGAGGACCACUUCCAGAAGGAGAGCACUUACAUCAGCUACCUGGACCGCCUGUUCAGCCGGAAGGAAGAGGUGGUCGGAGACACUGUGGCCGGCCCAGAGACGGAGCCCUCGGAGGGGAGAGACCUGGACGAGAGCUUCCUCGGCAGGAGCACAGAGAUAGUGUUUAAUAUGCAGCUGGACUCUCUGGCCCUGCCCGGCUUUGACAGCCCCGAUGACUUGCCUCUGAAAUCCAUCCAGGCGUCCCUCACCCCCUGCGCUGUCAAAUGCUCCCCACAGAUUGCCCACAAAACGUACAGCAGCAUCUUCAAGCAUCUUAAUUAAAGAAAUAUAUCCUUCCUCACAGUGCAAAAUCUAGACCUUUUUGUUCUUAUGUUUUUUAAUAAUAUGGUAUAUUAUUGUACUUGAAUCAUUUCAUACCUUUUUUUAAUUAUGGUUACUUUUAAAUAAUUUCUUUUUUUUUUAAGAGCUGAGGGGUGAUUUAUUAUAUUUAAAGAGUUUCUGGUCAUCACUCUGAACCUUGACCACCAGGCCUUCAUGGGUUAACGUCCACACCCUCAUUGCUAAACUGGCAAGUCACUCGCACACUCAAGUACUGUAGAUGAACAGAGCAGGAGAGAAGUCAAGUAGAAGGAGGGAGGAGAGGAUUUAAGAAACGAGGUUCGGAUGUAACGCAAAGAAGGAUGCUAGACGUUAACAUUGCUGUAGUCUUUUCAAGUGCUUUCAGACAACCUCUCCUGGAAUUGGAUACGCACAGGGGGGGAAAGGUGGAUGAGCAGUCUUUCUUUUUUUCUAUUUCCCUUUGACUUUAUACCAUUUCCCCCAAAGAAAAGCUUCCUUAUUAAACCCUUUCAUACUGUAAAUCUGACACAUGAUGCCAGCAGCAACCAUUAUCGUAGGCGUUAAUGUAAAUGUGUUAUCUACCUCAAGGUAACAGCCGCGAGAGACACUCGAAGCCGCACUAGUGCUUUACACACAUGACCAUCCUCAUGCCAUGAAAUGAAGUGGUCGCGUAGAUGAAAUCUGUCUCACUUAAGCAUUUAACAUAGUGAGGUGUUUCAGUAAUCAUUAUUUAUUUCUAGCAGAUGUGCGAUAUUUAUUUUAUCAAAAAAGACGUGUUUCAAUGUGAUUAUUGGAGAUUGAAGAGUUGGACAGACUUCCAUUUUCAUUUCGGCACUCUAUGGGCGUGCAAGUGUUCCUUUCUGUUUUAUGGUAGGAUGCAAAUUCAUCUUUGGUUCUAAAAAGAAGUCUAGGCUUUCUGUUUUCCAUCAAUUUUGUUCCAAUGGAAAUCAUUCUAUCUGUUCAUUAUUUGUUUUAUUUAAAGGUGCGUUCUGUUUUUAGUGGAAAAACUGCUUUAUGGUUUCAAGAAGCGCCUAAAAGUCUUAAUUUUUUUAUCUCAAUGUAAUGUAAAAAAAAUGCGUGCAUGGAAGCAAGAGAAAGGUACAUUAAAAGUAAAGUUAAUGGUGAGUAUAAUGUACAUCAGUUUUAAUUGUACGUUUUUUGUUAAAUUUCUAUGUACUUUUUCCAGGCAAGCAUGAUGAAUUAGGUUAAGGUGUAGCAUGUAGGACACUUAUGGACUUUUUUUUGUAAUCAUUGGUUCCCCUGUUCUACAAAAUAUCUCAAAAUAAAAAUUACUGGCAAAGA